UUACGGCGCAGUCACGGUAGGUUGAGCCGACUGAGGUCCAUAGAAAUUUGACAGCUUCACAGGUGAGACAACCGUCCAGAGGCUGUUUCACUUUAGCUUCCAGGUUUUUUUUUUCUCUCGGAACUCUAUUCACUGUGAGCCUGGGGUUGCCACAGUCAAAAAACAACCAUUCGAAGUCUAAUCAUUCCGGCAGCAUGAGCAAAAAGAAAAAGGACUGGAAGACUGAAAAAGAGAGACUGCUCCAUCUAAGUUUGGAUGACAGGCGCAAGGAGUAUCGUCGUCAAGAUUUCAUUUCUCUGGACAAGAUACUAACCUGGAGAGAGAAAAACAGAUGUGAUGACCAAGAAGAUGGGAAGGAGGUGACAGGCGGAGGAGGGCUGAGUGAUAAAGUAUCUCUUUACAAAGGAGAUAUUACUGUCUUGGAGGUGGAUGCCAUAGUCAAUGCUGGUAGGCACUCUGUUCUCUGA